AUGUAUUGUCCAGGCAGCUCACCUGCAGGGUCAAAGGCGGCGCCGAAGCAACACUUGUUGCCGUGCCUCGUUCACGUGGGUUCCCUGUCGCCCGGAUGCUUCCGGUGCGGCCGUCGACCUCGCAGCCCUGCGCCUCCGCCGCCGCCGCCUUCUUCGCCACGAUUCCCGUCUUUGGGCAUGGAGCAACUCUGGACAUGCCGGCAGACCAUGUUCUUUUGCAAGGAUGCGCAGCACUGCGUCUACCACUCCCUGCUUGGGGAGCCGCAGCACGGCACGGAGCACACAUAUAAGCCGGACCAUCUCCGUCGUGCAUGA